AUGGCCACCACCAAGGACAAAAAACGACCCAACUUCCUGGUCAUCGUAGCCGACGACCUGGGCUUCAGCGACAUAGCUCCCUUUGGCGGCGAGAUCAACACCCCCAACCUGUCCAAGCUGGCCAGCCAGGGCCUCCGCUUCACCGACUUCCACGCUGCCGCCGCCUGCUCCCCGUCGCGCGCCAUGAUCAUGACAGGCACCGACCACCACAUCGCAGGCCUGGGCAAUCUGAUUGAGUGGACCAACAUCAGCGGGCAAAACGACCCCAAAGGCGGCAUGUCCACCGCCCCGCAGCGUGGCAUGCCUGGCUAUGAGGGCUACCUGAACGAGCGCGUUGCCGCCCUGCCUGAGAUCCUACGCGAUGCAGGGUACCUCACCCUCAUGGCUGGGAAGUGGCACCUCGGCCUCACCCCAGAGCGCUCUCCCCAGGCCCGCGGGUUUGAGCGCAGUUUCGCUCAUCUCCCCGCCUGCAGCAACCACUACGCCUACGAGCCGAAACUCGAGGCCCCAGACCAGAUCCCUGGCUUCAUGACCAUGAGCUUUAUUGCCCUGCACAGUGAGGACGGUGAGUACGUCAAGAAACUGCCUGACGGCUGGUACAGUAGCGACGGGUACGGCGACAAGAUGGUCGACUAUCUGAAGCAGUGGCACUCUAAUGAGGUCAAAAACAAGAAAGCCGACGAUGAGGAGAGCAGGCCCUUCUUCGGGUACCUCCCUUUUACUGCGCCACACUGGCCGCUGCAGGCUCCGCAGGAGUACAUCCGCAAGUACCGCGGGGUCUACGACGACGGCCCUGACGCACUGCGGCUGCGACGCCUCCAGAAGCUCAAGGACCUCGGCAUGAUCGGCCCCGACGUUGAGCCGCACCCUGUGGUGGCAGAAGAGGUGAAGGAGUGGGCUGACAUGUCGGCGGAGGAGAAGGCCAACUCGUGUCGCGCCAUGGAGGUGUUUGCAGGCAUGGUUGAGUGCAUCGACGCCAACGUGGGCAAGGUCGUCGACUAUCUCGAGUCCGUCGGCGAGCUCGACAACACCUUUGUGUGCUUCCUGUCCGACAACGGCGCUGAGGGUGCCGCCUACGAGGCCUACCCCAUGGUCCAGGCCGGCAUGAUCCAGCAUCUGCAGAAAUACUACAACAACCACAUCGACAACCUGGGCAACGGCGACUCCUUUAUCUGGUACGGUCCCCGCUGGGCCCAGGCCGCCACCGCCCCGAGCAGGCUGUACAAGGCCUACACCACUGAGGGCGGUGUGCGCGUGCCCUUCCUGAUGAAGCCCCCCUCGUCCUGGCAAGACAAGGUCGAGAAGGGCAGCAUCACCCACCAGUUCAGCACCGUUAUGGACCUGGCCCCGACCAUUCUCGACAUGGCGGGCGUCACACACCCGGCCCCGACGUACCAGGGCCGCGAGGUCGUGCCCAUGCGUGGCAAGACCAUGGUGCCCUACCUCCACGGCACUGCCGAGACCAUCCACGAGAAGGACUUCAUCAGCGGCUGGGAGACGUGUGGGCGGGCCGCCUGCCGCAAGGGCGACUGGAAGAUUGUCUUCAUCCCCAAGCCCAAGGGCCCCGAGAGGUGGCAGCUGUACAACCUGGCCAAGGACCCCGGUGAGGUGCACGACCUCGCCGAGCAGGAGCCCGAGAGGAUGAAGGAGCUCAUCAAGCUGUGGGACCAGUACGUGCUCGAGACGGGCGUGAUACCGCUGGCGCCCGAGCUGGGUCAAUGGAUGGCGGCCAUGGAGGAGCAGAUGCCCGAGAACGCCUGGAUCGAGUAUGAGUACUGGAAAGAGGGCGCAAGAGACGACCCCAAGAAGUUCACCAAGGAUAUUCCUCGCUUCGUGAGGCAGGUUAAAGCCAUAUAGAAAAAUCAGAUAGAUAGAUGACAAUGCAUUGGUUGAUG